CAGUCAGCAUGUUGAAAUCGAGGCGAACUGUUUGGAAUGAUGAAGGUUCGCCAACAAGGUGGAAUAGUCAAACUCCCUUAUAUAUAAGGAAUAGAUUAAACUCCUCUAAAGCGGAUACGGCAUAUGUUCAUGCACCUACAGAUCCGGAUAGGAAAUUAAUAUUACUCAAGCACAAUGAACAACUCGAACCCUUGCCCAAAACCAAUCGGUCAUCAAAGUUGGAUCCGCCAAUGCGCGAUCCGUCAAAUAUCUUCUUCGUUCCCGAAACUGAAGUAGUAAGGAAGACUAGGCCACAUCUUGUUGAAGAGAGUAAAGAACUUAGUACGGAGAGCGAUUCUCAGCCAUGUCGAAUCGAUGAUAAUAAAUCGGUAAUGUUCUUCCGAGCACCAGGGGAGGAUGGACGAUCGCGACCAAAAACGAGGCGUCCUAACAAAAUCGAUUCCAAUGUACCGAACGUGUCAAAUUCUACAAGAGCUCGUCUUAGUGAACAAAUUUCAACGAGGACUUUUCACUUUCCUUUAAUCAGCGGGAACUUGAGUCAGAAUGACGAAGUUAAAAGUAUUAGAAAAGCUUCGGCAGCCGCGAGACGAGCGGUUAGGACACCAUCGUCACAAGUUAAAGCCGACAGCGAUAAGCCUAUUGAAGGUUUAAGUGUACCUCUUUCGGUUAAAGCCAAUUGCAGCCCUACAAAAGUGUCAUACGGAUCAAGGGUAAAAACUAAUAGAACAAUCAACGUUCGAUUAUCGAACCUACAGACAAAAUCGAACGAUGUCUUUCCUGAUGAUAUUCGUUCUAGAGACGGAUCAAACGAUCGUUUAUCAACGACUAGAGCUAUGUCCUUGCCAAGGAUAAAUAUCGACGAUGCCGCAAGUAAUUUCGGAUUCCGAUCCACUUACAGUACUCCAGUCGUCAUCAGACAAAAGCCUAAUAGAUCGACCAGUUUGGAAAGCCGUUUUAGACGCAUUCAGCGCCCAACAAAUGAACAACAAUUAACGCCUAGGAAACCAUCGACACCCCGUUUCAAAGCGGAAGAGCCUAUUGCCGCUCCAGCUUUAUCGGAUGUAAGCUCCAAUGAAUCUCGUCUAGGCGAUUCCGGUAUAGAAGAGACCGAAACACAAGCUAGUGAAAAAUACGCUGCAGCAGAAGAUCAUACCGACAGAGAAAAAGAAAUAUUUGAGGCGGCCCAAAAAGCGGCCGAAGAAGCAAUGCUUGAAUUUGAGAAGGACGAUCGAAAUACAGUAUUAAUGAGGGAUCAAAGUAAAUUACAGCCUGCUAUAGGUCGGCGACCAGUCGACAUUAAGUGCUUUAAAAUGGAGCCUCCCGGACGUCAAUCUGGAAAACCAAAUGGAAAGUCAGCUAGACGGUCCGCUUGUCAGCAAUCUAUCGUCCAAGUGUUCAAAAUUGAUUUGUAAUUGAUUGGUAAUUGUAUAUCAUUCGCACAAGGCUGGAUCAACCUAUUGAUAAGGUUCUCUCCUUAUGCGCUAGUAAAGUAAAGCCUAUAUUUGUUAUAAAAUAACAAAACAUAAAUAUGAUAUACCUGUAAGUAUUAUAUACUUUCUUUCAAUUCAUAAGCCUUUGGAUUGGUGUAUAAUAUUUGUAUACUUUUAUACAGUAAGACCUGUUUUUUUGUGUAUACAUAGAGCACAUUUAGAAUGUAAUGUGUAUACUAUAUAUAUAUAUACAUUAGAUAUGCUGAAUAUUCAUAUUCUUUAUAGAAUAAAUAAUUGAUAAAAUGUUUACCAAGUGACAAACUUAUGUUAGAUAGAAUAAAGAAUAUAACAAGCCUACUCAGCAUUUUGAAUAAAAGAGAACGAGAGAGAAAGAGAGUGAAGUGAGAAUGUAUGCGAAAAGAAUGGAGAAAAUGAAAAGGACUUGAUCGCUGUAACUUCUACUUUAUAGUAAGGAAUAUAACAAUAAAGGGAAAAAAUAGAUACAUGAUUUCUUGUUGACCGAUAACGAAAACUUUAAAAAUAAUUGAUAUAGCUUAUCUUAAGUCUUAAUCUUCAAUCAUCGAUAUAUGUAUAUUCGAAAAUUGAGAUUGUAUAUCAACAGACUAAUUGUCUUCAAUUGUUUAUCAUUUUCUUUUGAAGGAAUAAAUUACUGUAUUAUCAAUCAUUUAAUCGUGAAAUAGAAGCAGAAAAAACUGCAAUUAAUAAAUAGGCGUCGCUAUUCAAAGUUAAUAAAAUCUCCUUAUUUUCAAAUUGAAAGAAAAAAUAAAGAAAAAUCGAAGCAAUCAACGGUCGUUGAUAAGCUUUUAUAGGACGUUAUCGAGAGAGAGAAUAGUCGGACCAACGCGUACUUGUAUUACCUAAGAAAAAUUCCCAGGCAGCUAAUAAUUCAAGUAUUCUUUAUAAUACUUAUCAGAUUAGCUCAUAAAUAAUAGUAGACUGCAGUAAAUAAAAUAGUCUUAUAUCCAAUUUCGUUGAUUAUAUCACAAUUAUGUAAGAAACGUAAUUAUUUUUUCCAAAAUCUAGUUAUUAUCAGAUUAUUUACACAUUGACCGAUAAUAGAUGAUAAUCCUUAAUAUUACUUGAAAAUUUUUUUCAUAAUGUAUUAAUUGAAUACUUCGUUUUGAAUAAGAACACUUUAGAGAGAAAUGCCGAUAGCCAUUGUCGGUAUAAAGGGAAUAAUCAAGCGAGAGAAAGUUGACUAAAAAGCUUAGAAGUUAUUAUUCGAAUUCUUUAAUCAACGAACCGACAAAUAUGAUUUUAUUUUCUUAAUCAGGUUUUCUUUUAAUUUUCUCCUUUAUCUUUUACCAAUCUCUUACUUUCUCCGUAGUUUGACCCAGCCUAUUUCUUGUUAAAUCAUAAAGUUUUAUGCUAAAUAUACAAUCUUCCGUUGUUUUCUUUACACCAAACAAAACCUAUUGAAGGACUACAAAAAAAAGUAAUUACUAAUCUUUUACUUUUAUAUAUACUGCAUAUAUACAUUUCCUUACAUCUUUAUUUUGUAAAGGAUUAUAACUCGUUUAUAAGUUUCUUCCUUCAGAAAGGUUGUGUCAUGUUUUUACCUCCUUCCGGUAAUAUCAUUCUCCUUUUCAAGUGAAGAAUUAACACUCGAAAGAAUUAUACCUUUGAUCCUUUUAAAACCGUGAAAGUAGACUAUAGAAAACUUUCAGAAACUACUUAAGAUAAAUUCAC